AUGACCGCUCUCCGCGGCGGCUCCAAUUCCAAUUCCAAUUCCAAAGCACGCAAACCCGCCAUUCCCACCACCAACUCCACCACCACAACAACAACACCCAAAAAACGCGGUCCAGCCAAAGGUCACAAACAACAACAACACACCGACUCCCUAAUAAAAGUCGUUUCCUCCUCCUUUUCCACCUCCUCCCCAAAUAAAGGCCAUGGUGUCGAAGACUGCCAAUGCGCUCUAUCGCAUGAAAAUCGCGGGAUAUGUGAAGCUGAACGGAUGAGGAAGAUACAUGUGGAUAUUAGUAUGAGCAUAAUACUAACCUCGCCCCAAACCACCGUCCUACUCGUCGGACGCGAAGCGCAACUCUUCACUAUCCACAGCUCUCUCCUAACACUACAUACGAAUUAUUUUUCCGGCCAGUUUCCACUCCAAUCUCAAUCCACAGCUUCUACUACCAAUACUAGCCACUUAACACCCAAACCCGCAUCAUUUUCCCUCCCUUCCUUUCGCAUUCCUAAGAAAGAGCGAGAGCGAGGUGAUGCGCUGGAUGCUGGGAGUGGUACAGGUAUAGAUACAGAAACACCCUCGUCAUCACUAGAUACCGAGGGGAUUAAGAUCGACACCGCAGAACCCAAGAUAAAACUCGAAUGCAACACAACGACAACUGCUACGACAACCAGUACCCCACCCCAAACACCAUCCCCAGAACCUUCGAUUAAAGAACUAACAACAACACCAUCCAUUAAAUCCUUUCCCUCGACCCCCUCUAUCGAUAUCAAGACUGAUAUCAAGACCGAAACACCCACUCCCACUCCUCUUCCUCCUCCACAUCCUCUUCCUCUCACCACUCAAACCCAAACCCAACACUAUCCCAGCAUAACCCCCCUCAACUUCGCCCAUUUCCACUCCUGGCUCCUAACCGGCACACUAAUCCCCUCCCUCUCGCAACUCUGUGACCCUCCUUCCCCAGACCUCACUACCCAAACCCUCAUCACCCUCUAUUUCUUCUCUUGCAAGAUUUCCUGCGCCCCUUUUAGUUUAUUCAUCCUGCAAACACUUCUUGUUCAUCCUCUUAUGAUCAGUGGAAAAUGGCCUAGUCCUGCUGAUGCGCGGCUUAUUUAUUCUCUUAGCAAUUCCAAUUCCAAUUUCAACAAAAACAACACCCCCAACCCCCUCCGCAAACUCUGCGCCGACUGUCUCGCGAGCCGCAACCCCUUCGAAAACCACAAAGCCUCUUCACCCAUAUACAAAGAAUGGGAUGUUCUAUUUAGCAGCGCUCAAAUGAAAAUAAGUCAGGAUUUUGCCAAAGCGGCGAGUACGCAGUGGAGCGAUGUGGAUCCGUGGGCGUGGGGGCAGAGGAGAAGAUAUGUGGAUGUGGGGGGUGUGGAUGGGGAUGUGGAUGAGGAUGUGGAUGAGGAUGUGGAUGAGGGUGAGGGUGAGGAUGAGGAUGCAGUGCAAGGGAUUGAGGAGAGGUGGGAGGAGAUGCUAAUGGGUUUAGGUGGUGGGAAAGGGAAAGGGAAGGGGGAUGGAGAGGAGAUUAGGGAGGAUGGGGAGAAGGGACGAUUUGCGAAGAGGGUUGAGGCGGGGUUUUUGAUCAGGAUGGAGCGUCAGCGGGUGAAGUCGAGGAAGAGGAAGAGGGGUGAGAGUAUGGAUUUGGGAAGUGAUGAUGAGGAUGAUGAGGAUCAGGAUGAAAGUGAUGCUGGGAAGUAA